GAGACUGCUGAUUCAGGAGUGUCUCCCCUCCGUCCUCUGUCUCCCCGGCUUAUUAAGCGGCUGCAGAGACCCGAGAGAGGCACAGUGAUGUUGGGAGCCCUCCUCCUCCUGUCCCUCUCCUCCCAGGUGGCCCUGGUGCCUCCUCCCAGCACUCCUCCUCCUGUCCCCUGCAGACGCUGCUGUGACCACCUUGAGCCAGAGGAGGGCAGCGGAGCAGAGACUACAACUGGAGGGUUCAGCCAUGUGCCAGAAAUUCGAACCUACAUCAACAUGACCAUCCUUAAAGGGGAUAAAGGAGAUCGUGGUGACAGAGGAACACCAGGUAAAACUGGACCUGAAGGCCCUCCAGGCCCCAGAGGUUCAACAGGCCCAAAAGGCUCCAAAGGCCAAGCUGGUCCUCCAGGAGAUCUCUGCAAGAUCCAGAACUCCGCCUUCUCCGUCGGCCGUCGCAAAUCUCUCCACAGCCUGGAAUCCUAUCAGGGGCUCGUGUUCGACACUGUCUUCGUCAACCUGGACGACCACUUUGACAUGUUCAAGGGGAAAUUCAUCUGCCACAUCCCAGGGGUCUACUACUUCAACGUCAACAUCCACACGUGGAACUUCAAAGAGACGUAUCUUCACAUCAUGCAGAACGAGACGGAGCAAGCCAUCGUGUACGCGCAGCCCAGCGACCGCUCCAUCAUGCAGAGUCAGAGCCUGAUGCUGGAGCUGAAGAUGAGUGAUGAGGUGUGGGUCCGCCUGUACAAGAGGGAGAGGGAGAACGCAAUUUACAGUGAUGAUGUAGACAUCUAUAUCACUUUUAAUGGAUACCUCAUCAAAGCUAGUGCAGACAGUGAAUGAAGGCACAGCUGAGGAUGGGACUGUCGAGCAGCACGAUGCAAUUCACUGUCAAAUUAUACCUUUCACAUCAAGAUAGAAAAGGCAUUCACCAAGAAAUACCUUUUCUGUCGGAGAAUGAGCAAUACCUCUUGGGGAAAUGUGAAGAAAUUUCAAUCUGUCAUCAUCCAAAAGGAAAACUGUCAAAAUGUUAAAUAUCUCCAGUGAAUUCAUAUAAUUUAGGUACUACAUAUUGUAUAAUACAGUCCUCUUGUCACAAUGACAUACGCUCAAUGUUGCAAAACAAACAAGGAGAUUAACACUUCUUUUGUAACCAAUUGAUAAAUCUCAGGUUGAACUUGCAUCUGGUUUGAAUAGCUCAGCAUAAAGACUCGCAAAGCCUGCCUUUUAGGUGAAGUUAAAAUGUUACUGAUGUAUUGUUAUGUCUGUUCUUUAAAGCUCCUGUGAGGAGGUUUGAGCUGGUAAUGAAACAGACUGACUUAAUGCUGAUGCCUCUACCUAACCUACAAAAGCAAACAAGACCAACAAGAAAAUAUUAUUUCUGAGUGGUUAUUUGGCGAAAUGGAUAUUCAAAUUGCUGCAUCACUUAAGGCAGUGAACAGCAGGGUACUAAAGUAGCCUUUGUUUACUAUUUCUAUGGGAAAGAUGUCAUGUAUUUGAAUUUCCCCGUUGUGGGACGAGUAGAGCAAAGGAAUCUCUUAAGUUGCGUUUGCAUUAUUUUUUUAACCACAAAACACUAGAAGUACCACAGAGUGUUGCCAAAAUCAACACAACUUAAACCUUACCCACAGGAUCUUUAAUUUUGUGCUUUUACUAAAACAAAAGAAGGCAUCAAUCAUCACACUACAUUUGCAAUAUUUUACAUUUUAAUGAAAGGAAAGGAAUGUUGACUGAUGUUGUUUUGUAAUAAUUUGAUAGAGAUACUAUGCCAUGUUUUUUUUUUUCAUAGGUCAAGGCGAGAAAAAGCACACUUGGUAAGUCAACAUAAUCACUGGUACUGAGUUUCAUAUGUGGUGCUAAAAAUGGUGCUAACCGAACUUUUGUUGUGUUUGAACUUUUUCAAAAGACAGGAAACAUUUAGUUCAUACACAGCAAGGUGAAAUGCUUUAGAUUUACUAGGAAUGCAAUUUACUUUACUGUUUGUAAAACAAGUUAGCUAGAAGGUGCUUCCUACCCUCCUACCCCUUUCCCUUUUUAUCACAAAAUAACUUUGUAUUGUAUAAAAACUAAGGGCCUGCAAUAAAGCAGUAACAGACUAUUUGUCAAGUCAAAAGGAAGUAUGUCAAUCCUAACACAAUUUUGCACCUAGUGCAUAUAUAAUGAACAUAAGCUAACACUACCAUACAUGCCAUUAUGGAUGCCAUAGGAUUAAAUAACUACUAUCAGUGUAACUGUUAGGGUUGCCAACAGUCCCGUAUUAGCCGAGACAUCCCGUAUAUUGGGAUAAAUUGGUUUGUUUCAUACAGGACCUCAAUUGUCCCGUAUAUUGACUAUAAACUCUUGUAAAUACAUCAGACUGAACUCUACAAAUCAUAGAUCAGAUAAAAUGGCAGUGGCAGAUCAUGUGCCAAUCACACCGCCUGUCAUCCAAUCACAGGCCUCCUCACGCGCAUCAGUUGUAUACAGCACAAAUGCGCCAAGUCCUGCAAAAAUGUGUGGAGAGGAUUUUCUCUCUGAUGGCCAUUAAAUGGUCAGAUUCAAGAAACAGAUGCAGCACAGAGCUGAUCAAAAAUGAACUUCAAAUAUCUGUAAACUGUGACUUGUCACGUAAGGACUUCUCUCUGGCUGUGCCAAAGGACAAAAGACUGCUUGAGUCAGUCAAGAGCAGCUAAACAGGUCCAUGGAAUAAGUAAAUUUGGUGAGUCAUUCUCCUCUUUUGCAUUUAAUUUUUCUUUUGCCUGUUUUUUUAUUUUAAGAGCCAAACUGUGGUUUAUUUGAGGUUUAUUCAUAUGAGGUUACAUAAUGAUACAAUAAGGAUUAAAGGGAAUAUACACACUAUCUGCAUUUCCAGUUGAAUCAGAAUAUGAAUAUACGCUGAAUUCACACAUCAUACUGACACCACCAUGGCACCGUGCACCUGUCCCUUAUUUAGUAGUGAGAAAGUUGGCAACCCUAGUAACUGUAGUGUUAGUUUAUUUAACCUUGACCACAGAAUAUACAUUUGAAGAUCAUGUCUUUGUUGUUUCUCAUCAUUGUUUAGGUUUGAUUUAAUGUACUGACCACAAGUGCUCAUACGCUACUAUCUACCUUGUCAUCCAUGUUUGUAGUUCCUCUUGGGGGCAUUAACACCUCAUUACUCAACUGCUUGUGGUGGUGGUUGUGGGUGAUAUAGGCUACCAGUUUGGGACAUACUGAUAAAACAGUGAAACAACAUUUUAUGUGUCAAACUUUGAGCAAUAAAAUACAACACCAAAUCUUC